AUGAAAGCUGGAGAUGAUUCAUUCCUGCGGGACUUAAAGAACACACUGAAAAGAGGUCAGCACGGUCUGUCAGAUCCAGAGAACGUUUCAGAAAUGCUCAUCGAUGUUCCAAAACACCUGAGCAACCUAAAGUUCACCGUGUUACAGAAGAUGCAGGAAUAUAUUAAAUACACUCCAGUGACCUUGGACCCCAACACUGCUCACUGUACUCUCCUCGUGUCUGAUGAUCUGACCAGCGUGCGGUUCAGGGAUGAGGAAAAGCUGCUUCCUGAUAAUCUCGAGAGAUUUGACAGUCGGGAGUGUGUUCUGGGUUCAGAGGGCUUCGACUCAGGACUUCACUGCUGGGACAUUGAGGUUGGAGACCUCACAAACUGGACCUUUGGUGUGAUGACAGAAUCUGCUCAGAGGAAGGAUGACAUUCUGACAAAGAAAGGACUCUGGGUUCUUGGGUACGCUUCUGGUGAAUAUUAUGCAUUCGUUACACCAGAGCAGUCGCCUCCCCUGUCGGUGAAGAAUAAACUCCAGAAAAUCAGAGUUCAGCUGAACUAUGAAAAAGGAAAACUGUCAUUCAUCAAUCCUCUCAAUAACGCAUACAUUCACACUUUUACACAGAAGUUCACUGAGAAAGUCUACCCAUGGUUUGGUGUCCGCUGUGACAUUUGUCCUCUGGUGAUCUUACCAGUGAUCUGA